AGUGAGUAUAAAAGCUGUUCGCAAAUGAUCAAAAAUGACAGUUUACUUCCGACUGGUGUACCGGUGUAAAGAACACUAUAAGUAAAUCCUGCGUCUAAAUUUAUCUAAAUAUGUUCAAGGUUAUUUUAGCCGUUUUUGCUCUGCUGGCCAUCGCCAAUGCCUAUCCAUCGGAUUUGACGCAACCUCAACUAGUAGGUGGAAAUAUUCCACCGGCUGGUUUUAGAGCAGUUCAGCAAAACCAGGGGGGACCCCAGCUGCAAACCGGGCAAAGUGAUCUGAUGGACCCUGUCGAAGAGGAGAACAAAGAAGGUUUGGAAAAAUCUGAAACAUUCGGAUUCGGAUACUAUCACCACUAUCCUCGAUACUACCACUACGGAUAUUACCCACACUAUUCUCACUACUACUACCCGAGAUACUAUAGCUCAUAUUGGUGGUGAAUAAAGCAUACUUCUAGAACAGAUUCUGGACAUUCAAGUAAUGUUUAAUGUGUGACCGCUUAAGUCCCAUUCACAAGCUAUCACCAAGUAUCAAUUUCCCUAUAAAGGCGCAACGAUGGGUUCAAAACCACUUUGGGUCGUGUGUUUGAGUUUGUAUGUAAGUGGUCAUUCAUGCGUACAUUUUCAGUUUUGAAUUAUCACACAUUUUGUGAUGAGUUUCACUUUACCUUGAAUAUCUGCUCUCUAAUCACUUUUACUGAGUCAUGAAUGUGGUGUGUUAAUUUAUAUUACAUUAAGUAAAAUAAACAGCUUCAAGUAACAAA